GUAUACUGCUAGCUGCUGCUAUAUAUCAUAGCUACCUACCAUCGCUUAGCUUCCGGCUUUGUGUUCAGUGAUGAAUUUCAUUCGUCGCAUAAAAUAAAUAAAGCUAAAUAAAAUGCAACCAUGGCUGCUUCUUUAUUUCCCCCUUUUGCUUUCUUUUUAUUUUCCCUAUUUAUUGCUCCUCUUCCUCAUCUUCUUUCCCCUUCCCACUGCCUAACUAUAAACCAUUCCCUGCCCUCCUCCAAUCGGGAUUUAAAUUUGCUGGCCGAGGAGAAAUCAAGGCUGGGUUCCACGCCACCGAGCUGCCACAACAAGUGUGACCACUGCCACCCGUGCAUGGCGGUGCAGGUCCCCACGCUACCGAGUCACGGCGGCGGUCAACCAGGCGGCGUUGCCCGGGUCAUGCCCGUUGACUACUUUGACUUGCCCAGUGUGAACUGCAGACUGUACUUGGGUUACAUGGAAAUAUGGAAUCAGGGAUUAAGUUAAGAGAAGGCUAGCAAAUACGGAGUAGUAUUGGAUAUCUCCACAACUCAAGUGUAAACAUGAACUUAUGAGUGACUCCCAACACUCUCUUACUCAAGUGCAGCCUUUUCAUGUAAUUUCACUUUAUGUACUGCUUGAUGAAGAUAUGACAAUUGGAUAAGACAAAUGGCAUGCGUUCCAUUUCAUCAAAAGACAAAACAAAACAUGAGGUAAAAAACACAUACAGAGUAACUGGGAAUCAAAUGAACUACGGAGUAUUGCAGAAUAGUACGGAGCAUAAGAAUUAAUCAUGCUGAAUCCAUCCAAAUCUCAAAGGCAUUUCUGGUAUCUCAAUUGAAUUUUCUUAUUGUUUUUCAUUUUGUGAACUGAAGAAGAAAUGCAACACGAUAAGGAGGAAUUCGAUCGUUGGACAAAUGACAAUUCAACCCAAUCAAUUUAAUUAAUCUUUCAAAGCAAUUUGUUUGAGGCUCAUGCAGUAUUGUGCAGAUUUUUUUGAGAGAAUUUCUUAUAAUAGGGCUUACUAAUAGGUAUUGUGACACUUAUAUUUCAGAAUCUGUCUUAACUAGUGAAUUACUCAUACGUUGCACCGAUCGUUGUCCGUUUUUGUUUGAAAUUAAAAUCUCAAGUCACUUCCUAUUCAUGAUUAAAAACGGACUUCCGGUUGGGAAUAAAAGGACCAAGCUAAUGUGAAAAAAAAAUAUUUCUAUUACUUUCAACAAUACAAAUAAGAGACAUACCAUCUUUAACUAAAAUCUCUUAAAAACGCAUCACAUUUUUCUCAAGGAUAUUCAAAACUAUUCUUGGUUGUGCUAUGAUGAUCUAUAAUCUAAUAAUAGAAAGCAUUACAAGCGUGUCAUUCUUGGAGGUGUGAGAAAGAUGGUUCUUUGGUGUGAGGAAGUUUCUCAUGUCAUUCUUGGAUACGGAGGAAGAUUCAUAGAUGUUAGGAUUUGGAUUGUCAAUUUGUUUGUACUUGGAUAUGUCCUGGAAAUUGUAUUUUUAUUUCCUGAAUAACAAACCAAAACGGAAUAACUACUAUGUUUAACUUUUAUUCAUAGUUAUAGUAUAUGAAGUCAUUAUUGAAAGUUGUUUUGAAAUU